ACAAUCUGGGAAUAAAUGCUAUCACUACCAGUACUCAACAUUUCUCUUAAUGGCCUACUUAAUGAGAUCCCUUUUUGGCUGCUGCUUCCUCCUUGUAGUGGUGAUCUUCCCUCCUCUCCAAGUUCAAGCCAGAGAGAGCAAAUUUCUUAACAAGUUUACCCACAUUUCUGCACCUACACCUGCCCCAGCAUCAGCGCCAUCUGAGUUUGAAGUGUCAGUUCCAGCAGUAGCUCCAGCAUUGGCACCAACGUUGUUUUACAGGGAUAGAGGAAAUGCUUAUGGCCUUUAUGGUAAGACUGAGUCUAACCAAUUCCCUCCAGCAAAAGAGAUUGAAACUACUAUUGAUGAAAGUGAUCUUCUGAAUGAACAACUCAGUUCUGCUGAAAACUAUGAGACAAGCAAUCAAAAUAGCAACUACAACAACAAUGGCUAUAGCAACACGGGCUACACCACUGUGAACUACAACAAAGAGUACACCAACAACAACGAUGGCUACACCAGCAAAUAUAAUUACAAUGGUUACAGCGGCAACGCGGGCUACAGCAACAAUGGCUAUUCCAGCAACUACAACACCGACGGCUAUGAGAAUGAGAAGAAAGGGAUGAGUGACACGAGAUAUCUUGACAAUGGAAAGUACUACUAUAAUGUGAAGAAUGAGAAUAAUUAUCCUGCUACAUAUGAAUCAGAGAGACAGAGUGGCACUGUUAAGUACAAGGGAUCUUAUGGAAAUACCCAGAGCGCCUAUGAGUUCAACACCAUGGAAGAGUACGAGAACCAGCAGGGGUUUGGAGUGAAUCCAGAGAAUUAUGUGCCUUGAAAACCAUUCAUGAAUGUUUAGUGACAAAAAAGAGUGAAAAUGCAAAACAAAACUUCAAAACUGAGUUAUGUCAUGUUUCCCUUUUUCUGGUUUGUAGUUUCAUUUGUAUUUGCACGAUUAUAUCUUUGUAGAAUUUGCACUAUUGCAGGAAAACAUUUAUAGGAUCUUUGUGCA